UGCCGCCCGGUGCUGCCUGCCCUGCAUCUCACUCCAUCUGGAGCCCGCUCCGCGGCCUUGGGAGGGAAUCUCACCUGUGACCCCGGCUUUUCAAGGCUUCAUCUCCAGGAACCGGGGAGCCCCCGUUUCUCCUCCCUUCCAUCACUGACCCCUUGUGAUCGCACCGCCUCCGUGUGCCCCCAUCUUCCUGUCUCCCGGCCCCUGCACUGUGUCCCUGCCCCCUCCCCCUUCUGCGUCUCUGCCACCGUCUCCUCUCCAGCUCGCUUGGGCUGCGGCCCAGCAGCCUGCCUGGCCGUCCUCCCUGGCUCCCCCUCUGCGGCUCUGAGCUGGCCCCACCCCCUGCCCCCCCCUUGGGCCUCUGAUCCGCCUGUGGACAUAGAGGUCGAGCGCCCAGCACAAGGCCCCCAGGGCCAAGGACAGACCGCAGCCCCUCAGCGCCCACAGAGGGGCCCCAGGCGGAGGGCAUGGGGGUGGGCUGCCCCACCAGCCUCUUUCUCACCCCGUCUCUGAGUGUCCGUUGGCCUGUCUGCCCAGACCCACCUCCCCGGCCUUCCGUUUCCUAAGCCGUGGUCUCCCACUUCCCAUCGCCCCCCUCGUCCGUCCCCUGGUGUCUGUCUCCCCCUGGGGGUCUCUGUCUCCAUCCAGGUCUGUCCCUUCAGGGUCCCUGCCCGCCCUCCCCCAUCCCUAUUCUUCCCUCUGUCUCAGGCUCCCUCUCGGCCCCUGCGCCCUUCUUGUCCCCAGUCUCUGCUCCUACACCCCCUCCCCGCAAUGUCUGCCUCCCAGACCCCACGGGGGGGGGGGAGGGGAAAUGCCCAGGGUCUCAGGGCAAGAGGGUUAAAGUGUGGGUUUCUUUGGGGGGGGAGAGAGGAAGGUUGGGCCUGGAGGCGGAGCUUCUUGGCCUCAGAUUAGACGUGACUUUGACACCAAGUUCAGGCACCUUAAGCCCCCGUCUCCUUUAUAUGGAAACGUUAAGCUGCUCUGACAGGUGAGGGGGGUGUGGGGCGGGGGGAGGACUUCAGGCUCUGGAGCCUGUCCCUCAGGCCCUGCCUUUGCCAGGGAGGGAUCACCCUGAGUCCCAGGAGCGCCCACCCCUGAGGUCCUGUGGGGGGUAGACAGGCCCCCAGGAUGUGAAGCCCCCACCUAGUCUGCUCUGUGAGGUGGACGGUCACAUCUGCCUUAGUGGGCUGAGUAUGGGCCUCGGGGAUGGAUUUAGGAGGCAGUGCUGUGGGCUGGCAAGGCUCCCACCCUCAUGCUGCACAGGCCUGGCUGGGUCUCCGAGCCUGCUCCGCAACCUGUGAGGCAGGCCAAUGACCCUGUCCUCCCCGCAUUCUGAGCAGUCCAGGUUUGGGGCGCCCGCCCCCCACUAGUCCAAGUGGAGGGGCUGUCCCCGCCCAAUGGGCCUGGCCAGGGCCCUGCGCCGCCUGAGCGGCGCCCUGGAGUCGGGGGACAGCAGGGCAGGCGAUGAGGAGGAAGCCGGGCCAGGGCUGUGCCGAAACGGGUGGGCACCAGCACCCUCGCUGGUGGGGCAGCGCCGCGGGCGCUUCGUCAAGAAAGACGGCCACUGCAACGUGCGCUUCGUGAACCUGGGUGGCCAGGGUGCGCGUUACCUGAGCGACCUGUUCACCACGUGCGUGGACGUGCGCUGGCGCUGGAUGUGCCUGCUCUUCUCCUGCUCCUUCCUCGCCUCCUGGCUGCUCUUCGGCCUGGCCUUCUGGCUCAUCGCCUCGCUGCACGGCGACCUGGCUGCGCCGCCGCCACCCGCGCCCUGCUUCUCCCACGUGGCCAGCUUCCUGGCCGCCUUCCUCUUCGCGCUGGAGACGCAGACGUCCAUCGGCUACGGCGUGCGCAGCGUCACCGAGGAGUGCCCGGCCGCCGUGGCCGCCGUGGUGCUGCAGUGCAUCGCAGGCUGUGUGCUGGACGCCUUCGUCGUGGGCGCUGUCAUGGCCAAGAUGGCCAAGCCCAAGAAGCGCAACGAGACGCUCGUCUUCAGCGAGAACGCGGUCGUGGCACUGCGCGACCGCCGCCUCUGUCUUAUGUGGCGCGUCGGGAACCUGCGCCGCAGCCACCUCGUUGAGGCCCACGUGCGGGCCCAGCUGCUGCAGCCUCGUGUGACCCCGGAAGGUGAGUACAUACCGCUGGACCACCAGGACGUGGACGUGGGCUUUGACGGUGGCACCGAUCGCAUCUUCCUCGUGUCUCCCAUCACCAUCGUGCACGAGAUCGACUCCUCCAGUCCUCUCUAUGAACUAGGACGUGCCGAGCUGGCCCGGGCUGACUUCGAGCUAGUGGUCAUCCUUGAGGGCAUGGUUGAGGCCACAGCUAUGACCACACAGUGUCGCUCUUCGUACCUCCCUGGGGAGCUGCUCUGGGGCCACCGUUUCGAGCCGGUCCUCUUCCAGCGCGGCUCCCAGUACGAGGUGGACUAUCGCCACUUCCAUCGCACUUAUGAAGUCCCAGGGACACCAGUCUGUAGCGCCAAGGAGCUGGAUGAACGGGCGGAACGGGGUUGCCACAGCCCCAAGUGCAGCUUCCCCAGCUCUCUGGCUGCGUUUUGUUAUGAGAAUGAACUUGCUCUGAGCUGCUGCCAGGAGGAGGAGGAGGAGGAGGAGGAAGGCGACGAGGGGGACGAGGUGGAGGCAGAAGAUGGGGCUGCCAGUUCCCGAGUACUCACACCAACCCUGGCCCUGCCCCCGCCCCCAUGAUGCCAGCUGGUAUCUCCCCAUUUGUACCCCCUUCCCAGAGGUAGCAAGGUGGAGAGAUCGGGCCCUCUCCCGGGAUGGGGCCAGGUGUUUUCCACAACCGCCAGGCCCGCUGGAUGAAUUCCUAGCCACUGAACUAUGCCUAGUGGCCCCACUGUGGACAAACUGGAUCUUAAUUCCUCUGCGUUCUGCGCACCUCCCUGAGACCCCUUUAUCCGCCGGAUUCCUGAGUCUCACCAGAAUUCCGGACCACCCAAAAGGCAAAGACUGGUGGUUCUAGAUUCUUCUAUGUGGCUGGCUUGGGUUGUUGAGCAGAGUCAGGAGUCAGUGGUGUGGACCGCCUCUGGGGGAGGGAGGCAGCAGUCCUCGAGAGUUUAUAGGUCUGAACCGACCUGAGACUCCAGGGACGGUUGCUUCGCACUCAGCCGACCCCGUAGCACGUCAUUUUUUCUAGACCACCUAAGGACGGAAAGCUACGAAUGCCCCAAGAGUUCAGGGCCGUCUUGAUUGACCAAAGACAGGGAAUGUUGACUGCAAGUCGAGAACGGACCUGUGGUUCCAGAAAGCCCAUGUCGUGAGAUUCUACGAAUCUGGAUUGACCACAGAA